UGGUUACUGGGAAAGUAAUCAGCCGUGCGUGAAUUGUCCACGACACCUCUUGGUUUGUGUUAGCAACCCAAUAAGCAAACUCCAAAAUGUCGUCCGGGCGGAAGUGCAAUAAUUGUGGAAGUGCCGAUAUCGAGGUGGACAAUGCCCGCGGCGAUGCGGUGUGUACGAAUUGUGGAUCGGUGCUGGAGGAUAACAUUAUCGUGUCGGAGGUACAGUUCGAGGAAAAUGCACAUGGUGCGGCUAGUGCCGUCGGUCAGUUUGUGGCUUCCGAUUCGCGCGGUGGUGCCACGGCGUACGGCAAGUUUCACGUCGGAACCGGGACGGAAUCGCGUGAGGUCACGCUGCGAAAGGCACGCCAUGGCAUUACCCAUCUGUGCAAUCAGCUGCGGCUGAACAAUCAUUGCAUCGAUACGGCGUGCAAUUUCUUUAAAAUGGCCCUGAUUCGGAACCUGACCCGUGGUCGCCGGAAUACCCACAUUUACGCUGCCUGCGUGUACAUCACAUGCCGCACGGAGGGUACAUCACAUCUCCUCAUCGACAUAAGCGAUGUGCUGCAAAUAUGUUGUUAUGAACUUGGAAGGACCUACCUGAAGCUUUCACAAUCACUGUGCAUCAACAUUCCUUCCAUAGAUCCCUGCAUCUACAUCAUGCGAUACGCGAACAAACUGGAAUUCAAAGAGAAAACCCAUGAAGUCUCGAUGACAGCGCAACGGUUGGUGCAGCGGAUGAAAAAGGAUUCCAUACACUCCGGUAGGCGACCGUCGGGCCUUUGUGGGGCCGCCCUACUGCUUGCCGCCCGAAUGCAUGACUUCAGCCGAACGCCGAACGAUAUCGUACGGAUCGUGAAAAUCCACGAGUCUACGCUGCGCAAACGCUUGUUCGAGUUCGGCGAGACGCCGAGCAGUGCGCUGACCGUGGACGAGUUUAUGGCGGUCGAUCUCGAGGCGGAACAGGAUCCACCGGCAUUCAAGGCCGCUCGCAAGAAGGACAAAGAGCGCCUGCUGAAGCUGGAGGAGCAGACGACCGAGUUUAACCAGCUGCAGGCUGAAAUAGACGCAGCCCUCGAUCGGGCGAUAAAUCGCAAUACCAAAAAGCGUUUGGCCGGGGUGGACUUUGACGAGCUGCAUGAGACGAAUAAGUUUAUCGAAGAGUCUACGAUGGACGUGAUAAGCACCUGUCUAGGCGAUGCGGCGGAAAACAACAGCGUCGAAAUACCGGAAAGCAAACCGCAGCUACUGGAGGGAAUUAAACCGGACCUGAAGGCGAUCUGCGCUCAGGGUCGUGGGCCGGAAUCGGAAGAACCGGUGGCAGGGGAUGGAGUGCUGAUAACGGAAGAUUUAGAUGACGAUGAAAUCGAUGGUUACAUAAUGACCGAGGAGGAAGCAAACACGAAGAACGUCCUGUGGCAGAAGCUGAACGAGGAGUAUCUCAGGGAUGUCAAGAUAAAGGAGGAACGGCUUGCGAAGGAGCGGGAAGAGGGUAAACCGGAGAAGAAGAAACGUCGUACAGCAAAGAAGAAACAUAUCGGUCCAUCGCCUUCGGCCCGCGAGGCCAUCGAAAAGAUACUGCAGGAGAAGAAGAUAUCCACUAAGAUUAACUACGACAUUCUGAAGACGCUGACCGACGACACGGUGGCCAUGCCAUCCGCCUCGGAAGCUGCCGUUGGCGUCGAACAGCCGGAAGCAAGUGAAAUCGAUCUUCUUUCCAGGGUACGCCCGAAAGCAGAAAAGUUCGUCACCAGUGCUGGGGGAACCGACGGAGUCGUUGGCAGCUCGAAACCGACACCCAACUUUGGAGCUUCUUCAAGAAGGAAACACCUUGCCCCAGCUACCCUACCGGUGGUUUCGUCAGCCAGUGGGGGUGUGGAGGUCGAAGAAACAAUUAAAAUCAAAACCGAUGGAAUGGACGAUUACGAUGACGAGGCGGAUGCAGAACCGGAACCCGAGCCAGAACCGGAACACAAAUCGCUCGCAGAUAUGUUAAACACGGGCGAAGAUGAUGAUUACUACGGAUAUGAUGACGAAUAUUAGGCUAUUAUUUUGAUACCCACUGGUGUAUAUUAGUAUUUAGAAUGUUUAAAUCGGCCCAUGAGCGCCGGAGCUCACCACCUCGACGACGUGGGUUAGAGUCCUAACCGAGACCGGACCCACCCAUGUACGAGUGGACUGACUAUCAACGUUACACAUAGGGAAAAAUUCUCGUAAGCCCUUAACCUGUCCGUUAUGACAGGUAUGAUCAACACGGUCGUUAUGCCAAGAAGAAGAAUAAUGGUAAAAAUGACUCUCUCAUAGUACAUUAUCAUUAGAAAUAAUCCAAAUAUACUAGGGUGCGAUAGAAUCAUCCAGUGAAGCGUCUAAUAAAUAGUGAAAGGAAAUAGUUAUCGUACGUUAACCCCUUCACAGUCCUGCCAAGUUGAAAAAAGGGAUGAAAUUUUUUUACAUUUUUUUACUUGCAUUUUUGCAUAUUUUUUGGUCCAGAACCGAAGAAAAAAUGAUAUUUUCCUAAUUUUGUUGGGAUUUUAUUGAUUAAAUGAU